ACCGGACAGUCUACAGACAGGACAGUCUACAAACUCGGACUAAGUAAAUAUUUCAAAUCAGAAAACUACCAAACUGGUAAUGGCUACUGUACCUGCUAAGGAACGGUGUGUUCUAUCUAUGAUCCAUGGUAUUAUACAGUAUCGUGAGGAGUAUUCUACAUGAACUGUUCAGUGAAACAUCUGACUGGAGCUGAGCCUAGAACCUCAAUCAGAUUUAGUCAAUUUCACUAAAUUCCAACCAUGUACAUCUUUUUUUUUCUCCUGAACUAAGAAAACACCUCCAGUUUCUUACAGUUGUAACUGUUCGUGACGGGAUCUGGCUACAUUUGUUAGAGGCGAACCCACGUAAUCAGAGCCGAGAACUGUCGGUACUUUAGGACACGCAUUCGCACUCUGAAGUGUGUGUUAUAACGAUCAGGUGCCACAUGCUGGAGACUCUGUCUGACUCCCCCCAGAGCCUGUUGUCGUCACUGGUCAGCUCCUACCAGCAGGAUCCUGAGGAGGGAUCUAAAACCGAAGCUUCUCCACAGUUGAGCUCUGACCGAGCGUAGAGAGGAGCAGGGCUCAGUCCGGGGCAGACGAGCCUCCUUCCCGAAGAUGUGACGGCAAGCACCGCGUAACAGCGUCUCUGCGUAGCUGCACUUUUCCUCUGGGCGGAAGUCAGCGUUUCCAGUAAAUGCACUCUGCAGCGGUUCUCCAAUCGCUUUAUCCCCCCACAUUUUCUGUCGUAUUCGUGAGCUAUCGCAGUGGCUUUCGAGUCCACAUCCGGGCCACAAUGCUUUGACUCCAUUAUUGUCCGAAGCUGGCGGAGCGGUUGAUGAUAAGCUUUAUUUUAAUUUCAAUUUUAGCGACACAGACAGACCUUAUGAAGUGCGUUGAAGACUGGGACUGAAAGGACAUGUCGAACCAAGGAGUGCGUCGGAAUGGGCCGGUGAAGCUGCGACUAACAGUCCUCUGUGCCAAAAACCUUGCCAAGAAAGACUUUUUCCGUCUACCUGAUCCUUUUGCCAAGGUGGUGGUAGACGGUUCAGGGCAAUGCCACUCUACAGAUACUGUGAGGAACACACUUGACCCCAAGUGGAAUCAACACUAUGAUCUAUACGUUGGAAAAUCUGACUCCAUCACCAUCAGUGUGUGGAAUCACAAGAAGAUUCACAAGAAGCAAGGAGCUGGUUUCCUGGGCUGUGUCCGCCUUCUGUCCAACGCCAUCAACCGCCUUAAAGACACAGGCUACCAAAGACUAGACCUGAACAAGCUGAGCCCCAAUGACAGUGACACAGUCAGGGGUCAGAUAGUGGUGAGCCUGCAGUCAAGAGACCGGAUUGGCACAGGGGGCCCUGUGGUUGACUGCAGUCGUCUGUUUGACAAUGAUCUUCCAGAUGGGUGGGAGGAGAGGAGGACCGCAUCUGGACGGAUGCAAUACUUGAACCACAUCACACGAACCACACAGUGGGAAAGGCCUACCAGGCCUGCAUCAGAGUACUCCAGCCCGGGUCGACCACUCAGCUGCAUCGUGGAUGAGAACACACCCAUCAGUACAAAUGGUGCCACGCCCAUAACAGCAUUCACACCCAGUGAUGGCGACCAGCGGGCCCAGGAGCGUCGAGUCCGUUCACAGAGGCAUCGCAAUUACAUGAGCAGAACCCACCUGCACAUGCCCCCAGAUCUUCCUGAGGGUUAUGAGCAAAGGACUACACAGCAAGGACAGGUGUACUUCCUCCACACACAGACAGGUGUCAGUACGUGGCAUGACCCUCGAGUACCCAGAGAUCUGAGCAACGUCAACUGUGAGGAACUGGGACCCCUCCCCCCAGGAUGGGAAAUUCGCAAUACAGCCACAGGAAGGGUUUAUUUCGUUGACCACAACAACCGUACAACGCAGUUCACAGAUCCACGUCUCUCUGCCAACCUGCAUCUGGUUCUGAAUCCAAGUCCUAAUGAUUCUGGAGGAGCCACGGAGAGUCAGAAUGUCAGUCGACAAAACCAGUUGAAAGAUCAGACCCAGCAGGCUCUGGUGUCCCCCGGUCAAUUCCCAGAGGACGCCGAGUGUCUCACUGUCCCCAAGUACAAGAGAGAUCUGGUUCAGAAGCUGAAGAUCCUCCGUCAGGAGUUAUCCCAGCAGCAGCCUCAGGCCGGCCACUGUCGCAUCGAGGUGUCCCGUGAGGAGAUCUUUGAGGAAUCGUACCGACAGGUGAUGAAGAUGAGGCCUAAAGAUCUGUGGAAGAGGCUAAUGGUUAAGUUCAGAGGAGAAGAAGGUCUGGACUAUGGAGGAGUGGCUCGGGAGUGGUUGUAUCUGCUGUCUCACGAGAUGCUGAACCCGUACUACGGCCUUUUCCAAUAUUCCCGGGAUGACAUCUACACUCUACAGAUAAACCCAGACUCUGCCGUCAACCCUGAACAUUUGUCCUACUUUCACUUUGUGGGUCGUAUCAUGGGAAUGGCUGUGUUCCACGGCCACUACAUCGAUGGCGGCUUCACCCUCCCAUUCUACAAGCAGCUGCUGGGUAAACCUAUCACUCUGGAUGACAUGGAGUCUGUGGACCCUGACCUGCACAACAGUCUCGUGUGGAUUCUAGACAAUGACAUCACCGGUGUGCUGGACCACACCUUCUGUGUAGAACACAAUGCCUAUGGAGAGAUUAUCCAGCAUGAGCUCAAGCCCAAUGGUAAGAGUAUUCCCGUGACCCAGGACACCAAAAAGGAGUACGUCCGGCUCUACGUGAACUGGCGUUUUCUGCGAGGCAUUGAAGCUCAGUUCCUGGCUCUGCAGAAAGGCUUCAAUGAAGUCAUUCCCCAGCACCUUCUAAAAGCCUUUGAUGAGAAGGAACUAGAGCUGAUUGUGUGCGGUCUCGGUAAAAUUGACAUCAACGAUUGGAAAUCCAACACUCGACUCAAACACUGCAGCCCAGACAGCAACAUUGUAAAGUGGUUUUGGAAAGCUGUCGAGUCAUUUGACGAGGAGCGCAGAGCACGGCUGCUGCAGUUUGUCACCGGCUCUUCAAGAGUUCCUCUUCAAGGCUUCAAGGCCCUUCAAGGUGCUGCAGGUCCGCGUCUGUUUACCAUCCACCAGAUUGAUGCCAGUACCAACAACCUGCCCAAGGCCCACACAUGUUUUAAUAGGAUCGACAUUCCUCCCUACGAGCAUUACGACAAACUGUACGACAAGUUGCUCACAGCCAUCGAGGAAACCUGCGGCUUUGCUGUGGAGUGACUCAUGGAUGCAGUGACUUGCGGUGUGAACACUCUCCAACAGAUCCACUCUCUGAGAUGGUGGGUAGCCCGUCACCACUUCACCCAGAGAUGCACACACUUGAUAGAGAUGAGCGGUCAAAGUAAAGGCGGGGCUGGAAAAGAAAAAUUGAAAAUAUCAUGUGACUGUGGUUUUUGUUUUAUUUUGGCUGAACCUCAUUUAUGGAUUUUGUAUCAUUGAAAAGAAUAAAUUUAGCUGCUAAUAACUCUAGUGACUUUCUACUAACUAAUGAAACACCUGCCCGUUCUUCCCUUUUGUCUAAGCCCAUUUAGCAGUGAUCCAUUUUACUGACUGUCAGCAGACAGACCAGACUGCUUGGAUACGAUAGUACAGGGUUAGUAGUUGUCCCCAACACCACUGGUUCCAAACACUAAACUUUGGAUGUGAUAAGUUCACCUCUGGUUUUUGCUGAUGGAAAGGCAUUGAUGGAGACUGUGUACAAUUCUUUUUUAAAGGGGGGGGGGGGGGGGUGCAUCUGUAUGACACCGUCCCACCCAUUUUCCAGAUGUCCACCAACAACUGCUAAUUCUAUUAGUGUUAUUUCUGUAUGUCAGACAAAUGGAAAAGAGUUAGUGUUUGUUAUUGGUAAAUUCUAGAACCCCUAGAUCAACCAUGGCGGUUUAUAACAGCAGAAUUAAGCUUGAUCCUGUUUGUUCUCAAUUUUAUCCCUCCUAUUUGCAAAGGAAGGCAAAAAACUAAAAUGACCCAAACUAAAAGUCUGCAGUUUCAGAAACACACUUGUGUGAGAGUAAUCUUUACAAAUAUUAAGAGAUUUAAGUUGUAUUGAUCCCACCUUUUGGAUUGUUUUGCCAAUUUUUUUUAAUUCUAUUUUUUCUUCUACUGCCUCCAUGUUGCCAGAGCAAAAUGAAUGAAAGACUUUUGGGCAUUGUGGUGCUACACAGAAACACAUUUAGUCUUAUAUUUGCAACCAUACUCAUAGACAUCCUACUUGUUGCACAAGACACCGGUCAUUCUAGUAUUUGUCUCUAUUUAGCUCUGUUGGUUCACAUGAUGGUAUUUAGUUCAGAAGUGUUGGUUUAUAAUCUAAAAAAAUAUUGUUCCACAGUCCUACAGUGAUGUUUAUAUCUAAAAUAAAGAGGUUAUUUUCUAAGAUGAUUAAAAGGAAAACACCUCAGUCCCUAUGACCAAGGACUGCUCUAAACAACUGCAAAUUCUCUUUUACAUGGACAAGUGUAUGUCCUCAGAUGGCGCUUUGUACAAUAACAUUGUUCAUAUGCUGUAUGUGGAUCAAACAACCUGUAAUUUAUGUUUAACUUAAGUAGAAAAAAUAUAUAUAUAAAUGAAAAGAGAAAUUGCACAUGGAGUGGAUAAAGUGGUCAAAACAGUGACUACUGUAGUCAUCACAGCUUACCUUCACAGCUGCCUCUCACCAAAGACACAAGUUUGUCUUUGAAAGACAAAAGUGAGAUGCAGUUUUUUUAUUUGAUCCCCCAGCUCCCAUCUUUUGUUAAAUAGCAUGAUCCACAGGACUAUAUCUCUCAUAGCUGACUGAUGCAAUUGGCUGUACGUUAACACUCAUUUUGUAAGAGUAUUUUAUUUUUGUGUGUAAUUAUUUCUAAUUAAACUUGCCUUUGUCUAACAUUG